CAGACAAACGGCUUGUUGGUUUCACGUUGCGAGGCUCCUUGUUUAUUUCCUUCCCCCCUCCUUUUCCUCCCCUUCUUUCACUUCUCUUCUCUUCUCUUCUCUCGGCUCCUCUCAUGCCGCCGUUACGGCGCUGGAUUCGGGGCGAUCUGUGAUCUACCAGGCAGCAGCUCGAUGAAUAUGGCGUGUAUCGGGGACGCGGACCCUUUCACCGCUGCGAUACCUGCCACCAAAGUUGAACUCACGGUGUCUUGUCGAAACCUGCUGGACAGAGACACGUUUUCCAAGUCUGAUCCAAUUUGUGUGCUGUACACCCAAGGAAUAGCCAACAGGGAAUGGAGAGAGUUCGGCAGGACAGAAGUCAUAGACAACACCCUCAACCCAGACUUUGUCCGCAAAUUCAUCCUGGAUUAUUUCUUUGAGGAGAGGCAGAAUCUGCGCUUUGACCUGUAUGAUUUAGACUCCAAGAGCGACAACCUCUCCAAACACGACUUCCUGGGCCAGGCGUUCUGUACACUAGGUGAGAUCGUCGGCUCCCUGGGAAGCCGCUUGGAAAAGCCUUUGAUUGGAAUCCCAGGGAAGAAAUGUGGCACCAUCAUAGUGAGAGCAGAAGAGCUGAGCAACUGCAGGGAGUCGGUGAUGCUGCAGUUUUGUGGCAACAAGCUGGAUAAGAAGGACUUCUUCGGAAAAUCAGAUCCCUUCCUCGUCUUUUACCGCAGUAACGAAGACGGAUCGUACACCAUCUGCCAUAAAACAGAGGUGGUGAAGAAUACUUUGGAUCCAGUGUGGCAGGCUUUUAAAAUCCCUGUCAGGGCGCUGUGCAACGGAGACUAUGACAGGAGCAUUAAGGUGGAGGUGUACGACUGGGACAGAGAUGGCGGCCACGACUUUAUCGGCGAGUUCAGCACCAGCUACAGAGAAAUGUCCAGAAGCCAGUCACAGUUCCACAUCUAUGAGGUGCUAAAUCCAAAGAAAAAAGGAAAGAAGAAGAAAAAGUACCUUAACUCAGGGACGGUCACCCUGCUGUCCUGCCUGGUGGACACCGAGCUCUCCUUCCUGGACUACAUCCGAGGCGGGACGCAGAUUAAUUUCACAGUGGCAAUUGAUUUCACAGCAUCAAAUGGCAACCCGUCCCAGCCCACCUCGCUCCAUUACAUGAGCCCAUACCAGCUGAAUGACUACGCCAUGGCGCUGCGGGCUGUCGGAGAGAUCAUCCAGGACUACGACAGCGACAAGAUGUUUCCUGCGCUGGGCUUUGGUGCCAAGCUUCCACCAGACGGACGGGUCUCUCACGAGUUUGCCCUGAACGGUAAUCCACAGAAUCCGUACUGCAGCGGGAUCGAGGGGGUGAUGGAGGCCUAUUACCAGAGUCUCAAAUCUGUGCGUCUCUACGGACCCACCCACUUCUCCCCUGUUAUUAACCAUGUGGCCAGGUAUGCAUCGGCAGUGAUGGACGGCUCGCAGUACUUCAUCCUGCUCAUCAUCUCUGACGGCGUGAUCACGGACAUGGCGCAGACCAAGGAGUCCAUAGUGAAUGCCGCGUCUCUGCCCAUGUCAAUUAUAAUAGUUGGGGUUGGACCAGCGGAAUUUGACGAAAUGAUCGAGCUGGACGGGGACGAGGAGAGGAUCUCAUCCCAAGGACGAUAUGCCGAGAGGGACAUCGUUCAGUUUGUUCCUUUCAGAGACUACAUCGACCGGCGGGGAAACCACAUCCUCAGCAUGGCUCGUCUGGCUAAGGAAGUGCUUGCCGAAAUCCCAGACCAGUUCUUGUCCUACAUGAGGACCCGUGGGAUCAAACCAGGCCCCUUGCCACCUCCUUACACCCCCUGUCCACCACAGGCGAUCCACCCCCUCCUCACGAGACGGGUAAGCCGAAUCUAAAGGCUGAGGUCUCCCUCCAACGCUGGCCAGUCAACUCUACUGGUCUCUGCUCUCCUCCCUCUGCUUCUUCUACUUCCUACUCUUCACUGGAAGCUUCUGAGCACACGGCGAACUUCGCCAGCUCUCUCAUGUCGCACUCCGAGAACAUUUGGCUGCGAGCCAUGAUGCAGACAGUGGGACUUCUCCACUGUUUAGGAGAGGGGACUCUUCCCUUAGUGGACUAAGGUGGAGGUUUUGACGGGUCGUGGUCCGAGAUCACCUCCCUGCAACAGGGCAGAAACUGACCGCUCACGGCUGUCAGACUAAAAGGGUCCAAACUCAAGAAGCCCUUUUUUGAAACACUGUUCAUCUGUUUGCUAUUUCUAUAUCCACUUCCUCCGCUCUUCACAAAUAUCAUCUCUCUCAAUAGAUAAAUGUUUACAAAAAUUGACGGGGACUGGAGCUGAGAAUCUUUUUCAAUUUAUACCGAUCAAUGUGAAAAAACCUUUCAGAUUCCUACUUUUUCGGCUGCAGAAACUGGAGGUUGUGACUUUGUACAAAAAAAAAAAAAAAAAGUUUAGGCCCUAGUGCCACAUUCUUCA